UUAACAAGAAUACAUUAACUACAGUUGCUGAUAUGUGCAUGAAUAACAAGGAAGCUCCAACUGGGAAAUCUCCACGUAACUGGGACAAGAGCACUCUACUUUUGAUUGCUUGGCUGGAGGAUUACUUCAGAUUUCAUGGCGAAAGAAUGCCUCACCGAAACGAGAUUGUGAUGCCAUAUGGAACAGUGAAAAGUCAUAUUUAUGAACAAUACAAAAUGGAUGUGGAAAAUCCAGUGAGCAAAAGCCAGUUCUACAAGAAAUGGAUUGACAGCUUCCAGUUUGUUAAAACGAAAAAGACCAACAGCUUCAGCAAAUGUACAACUUGUGUGACAUUAGAAAGGCUAAUGAGCAAAACCACCUCUUUCGAGAUGCGUGCUUUCUACAAGAAAAAGAAAGAAGAGCAUAAUAUUCGUCAAAUGUUAGAAAGGAAGUACUAUUACAACAAAAAAGACCAGGCACAACGCAAUCCAAGCCAGCACAUGUCCAUAAUUAUCGAUGGUAUGGAUCAAGCAAAGACCAAUUUGCCACAUUUUGCUGGGAGGAACCCAAAGAAUCUGCAUGCAGUGGAUCUUCUGCAUACUCAUGUCACUGGAGUGCUAAGUCACUGGCAUGGAGGGUUUCAUGCCUAUGUGGACAUUAAUGAAUAUCCUCAUGAUCCCAACUUGACAAUCAACAUCAUACUUAAAGAGCUACUACGUCAAGCCAAGGCAAAUAACAACUUCCUGCCUCCAAAUUUGUUUAUCCAAGCAGACAACUGUUGGAGGGAAAAUAAGAACCGUUAUGUAUUUGCAUUUCUGGAAUUGUUAGUGGCAGAACAGGUUUUCCAUGAGGUUCAUAUGUCCUUCCUUAUUGUUGGCCACACGCAUGAAGACAUUGAUGCAAAAUUUAGUGAGGUGUCCAGGCUGUUAAAUACUAAAGAUGCUGAAUAUUUUGAUGACUUUUUAAACGUUUUGAAAAAUGCAGAGCGUAUCACACAAUUAUUUGAUGUUAAGUCAUGGAUUGAGGGUGAUUUGAACAAAGCUGACCACAUCACCCAACCUUUGCACUUUAAAUUUGUUUCUGUGGACGGUGGUGUAAAAGUGUUUUAUAAAGGGGUUCAAUCUCAGCCGUGGUCAGCCCUUAAUGGGAACUUUUUGAAUAAAGCCCCAAGUGGAAAGCCAGAAAUAUUGAAGCCAAAUUUUAGUAAAAUUGAAAUAGAUAAAAAUGUUAAACAAAUUAAAGCUCUGAAACUAAUUUUCAAAAAGCAGGAUAGUACACAAAAGUGGCUAGACUUUUACGAAUCGCUCAAUUCCAACAUGGACAGUUUAGAUUCUGGAGUACCGGUAUUUCCUUUAACACUGCUACCAAGACAACCUAUAAGGCAGUCCUUUCCACCAGGACAAGGAAUGGUUCCUGAAGUUCGUGAACUGAUUGAAAAGGAAAACAGACAGCCAUUGGUACAGAUAAAAAAGCGAAAAACUGGAGACGAAGCUUCUGACCUCAGGGUUGCCAAAAAGAAGAAUGAUAACACUUCUGGUGGGAAAGGGUUUGGCAAAAGGAAGAGAAGAUUUAUAUAUGGUUAUUGCAAGAACUUCUGCGUCAAUCUUUACUAGAACACAUGGGUUUAUUCCAACCCAGAGUUUCAUUUUAUGGUGAAAUUGGAUCAGUCAAUUAAAUUUGUUUUAGCAAAUAUACGUCUCUGGUGGGCAAAAAUAAGACACUAUUAUUGAGGUGUAGUGUUUAACAAUUUGUAUCCAGUCAAAUGUUCCUUAUUUCGCCAGUUGUCUUUAUAAUCCCCCGAAAGUAUUGAGUGAGAUGUCCUUUAUAAGCUAUUGUAACUGUACAUUUGUUCAUGUGCAUUUUUCUACCAAUUUUCGAUUUCGGUUUAGAAAUGCUUUGUAUGAACUUGUCUUCACAUAAAAAUGCUUUAUUAUGUCCCCCUUCGAAGAAGAGGGGUAUAUUGUUUUGCUCAUGUCGGUCCGUAUGUCCGUCUGUCCACCAGAUGGUUUCCAGAUGAUAACUCAAGAACACUUAGGCCUAGGAUCAUGAAACUUCAUAGGUACAUUGAUCAUGACUCACAGAUGACCCCUAUUGAUUUUGAGGUCACUAGGUCAAAGGUCAAGGUCACGGUGACCCGAAAUAGUAAAAUGGUUUCCGGAUGAUUACUCAAGAACUCUUAUGCCUAGGAUCAUAAAACUUCAUAGGUACAUUGAUCACGACUCGCAGAUGACACCUAUUGAUUUUCAGGUCACUAGGUCAAAUGUCAAGGUCACGGUGACCCGAAACAGUAAAAUGGUUUCCGAAUGAUAACUCAAGAACGCUUAUGCAUAGGAUCAUGAAACUUCAUAGGUAAAUUGAUCAUGAAUCGCAGAUGACCCUAUUAAUUUUCAGGUCACAAGGUCAAGGUCAGGUGACUUGAAACCGCAAAAUGGUUUCUGGACGAUAACUCAAGAAUGCUUACACCUAGGAUCAUGAAAAUUCAUAGGUUCAUUGAUCAUGACUGGCAGAUAACCCCUAAUAAUUUUCAGGUCACUAGGUCAAGGUCACAGUGAGUCGAAACAGUAAAAUGGUUUCCUGAUGAUAAAUCAAGAAUAAUUAGGCCUAGGAUCCUGAAACUUUAUAGGUACAUUGAUCAUGACUAGCAGAUGACCCCUAUCGAUUUUCAGGUUACUAGGUCAAGGUCACAGUGACAAAAACUAAUUCACACUUUGGCUGCCACUUCAACUGACAGCCCAUAUGGGGGGCAUGCAUGUUUUACAAACAGCCCUUGUUAAAAUAGAUUUUGUGAAUUUGUGAUUGCUAAUGUUUAAUUUUUAUGUCUCCGAAGGAGGGCAUAUAGUGAUCGGACUGUACGUCUUUCCGUCACACUUUGCGUUUAGGUUUCGCGUUUAGGUUUCAAAAAAUGCUCAUAACUUCUAUGCCCCUUCACAUAGCAACUUGAUAUUUGGCAUGCAUGUGUAUCUCAUUGAGCUGCACAUUUUGAGUGGUGAAAGGUCAAGGUCAUCCUUCAAGGUCAAAGGUAAAAAAAACAUGUAUCAACGCAGCGCAGUAGGGGGACAGUGUGUUUCUGACAAACACAUCUCUUGUUUUAUGUUCUAUAAUAUGUUUGUAUGUCAGGAGAAACAAUAAAGUUUUGUUUUUACAAUACAUACUAAACUUGUGGCAGAAUUGUUUAGUAAUGAAAAUACAAAUUGCAGCAAUUGCAUCUGUUAAAGAACUUUGAAUGGUUAUAAUUGAUGUAAAGAUUGUUUUAUUGAAAUAUUUCAUUUUUAAAAUGACUUCACAUGUUGAAAAAAAUGUUAUGUAUUUUUUAUAAAAAAAUUAAUUAAUUUUAGUUAGUCAUAAAAAAAUAUUGAAUCAUUCACACUCUUUUAUAAAUGUUCUGACCUACUGACUGGUGGAUUGCGAACAUAAUGGUAUACCUUUGUGUGUGUUUGUAUUUAUUAUUACAUGUUUUAUAAUUAAAAAAUAAAUUAAGAAUUAUACAUUUAAAAGUCGUUUACCUUCCAUUUUUUUCAGUGUGAUUUUUUCUGUGUGAUUAUGCAUAUCUGGAAGUGUGUACCGCUGGCUUAACAUUUUCAAAGAAUUUAUCUCUAUGUUAUUAUGAACUUUAGGGAGUUUGUACCGCCGGCGUAACAUUUUCAAAGAAUUAUCUGUCUGUGUGAUUAUGAACCUUAGGGAGUUUGUACCGCCAGCGUAACAUUAAGAAAUAUCUGUCUGUGAUUAUGCAUAGUUUGUACCGCCGGCGUAACAUUUUGUCAUUGUAGAGUUUGUACCGCCAGCGUAACAUUUUCAAAGAAAUAUCUGUCUGUGAUAAUGCAUAGUUUGUACCGCCGGCGUAACAUUUUGUCAUUGUAGAGUAACAUUUUCAAAUAUCUGUCUGUGUGAUUAUGAACCUUAGGGAGUUUGUACCGCCGGCGUAACAUUUUCAAAGAAUUAUCUGUCUGUGUGAUUAUGAACCUUAGGGAGUUUGUACCGCUGGCGUAACAUUUUCAAAGAAUUAUCUGUCUGUGUGAUUAUGAACCUAAGGGAAUUUGUACCGCC